GCAUUUCCUGGAAACGUUAACUCUGAUGGUGUGGUCCGGCAUGAAUUACAGCAUCCUGUUAUCGCCCGCUAUGUGCGCAUCGUGCCUCUGGAUUGGAAUGGAGAAGGUCGCAUUGGACUCAGAAUUGAAGUUUAUGGCUGUUCUUACUGGGCUGAUGUUAUCAACUUUGAUGGCCAUGUUGUAUUACCAUAUAGAUUCAGAAACAAGAAGAUGAAAACACUGAAAGAUGUCAUUGCCUUGAAAUUUAAGACGUCUGAAAGCGAAGGAGUAAUCUUGCACGGAGAAGGACAGCAAGGAGAUUACAUUACCUUGGAACUGAAAAAAGCCAAGCUGGUCCUCAGUUUAAACUUAGGAAGCAACCAGCUUGGCCCCAUAUAUGGCCACACAUCAGUGAUGACCGGGAGUUUGCUGGAUGACCACCACUGGCACUCCGUGGUCAUUGAGCGCCAGGGGCGGAGCAUUAACCUCACGCUGGACAGGAGCAUGCAGCACUUCCGCACCAACGGAGAGUUUGACUACCUGGACUUGGACUACGAGAUAACCUUUGGAGGCAUCCCUUUUUCUGGCAAGCCCAGUUCCAGCGGUAGAAAGAAUUUCAAAGGCUGCAUGGAAAGCAUCAACUACAACGGCAUCAACAUUACUGAUCUUGCCAGAAGGAAGAAAUUAGAGCCCUCAAAUGUGGGAAAUUUGAGCUUCUCUUGUGUGGAACCCUAUACAGUGCCUGUCUUUUUCAAUGCUACAAGUUACCUGGAGGUACCUGGACGGCUUAACCAGGACCUGUUCUCAGUCAGUUUCCAGUUUAGGACAUGGAACCCCAAUGGUCUCCUGGUCUUCAGUCACUUUGCAGAUAAUUUGGGCAAUGUGGAGAUUGACCUCACUGAAAGCAAAGUGGGUGUUCACAUCAACAUCACACAGACCAAGAUGAGUCAAAUCGAUAUUUCCUCAGGUUCUGGGUUGAAUGAUGGACAGUGGCACGAGGUUCGCUUCCUAGCCAAGGAGAAUUUUGCUAUUCUCACCAUCGAUGGAGAUGAAGCAUCAGCAGUUCGAACUAAUAGUCCUCUUCAGGUUAAAACUGGCGAGAAGUACUUUUUCGGAGGUUUUCUGAACCAGAUGAAUAACUCAAGUCACUCUGUUCUUCAGCCUUCAUUCCAAGGAUGCAUGCAGCUCAUUCAAGUAGACGAUCAACUUGUAAAUUUAUACGAAGUGGCACAAAGGAAGCCGGGAAGUUUUGCAAAUGUCAGCAUUGACAUGUGUGCGAUCAUAGACAGAUGUGUGCCCAAUCACUGCGAGCAUGGUGGGAAGUGCUCGCAAACAUGGGACAGCUUCAGAUGCACUUGUGAUGAGACAGGAUACAGUGGGGCCACCUGCCACAACUCUAUCUACGAGCCUUCCUGUGAAGCAUACAAACACCUAGGCCAGACGUCAAAUUACUACUGGAUAGAUCCUGAUGGCAGUGGACCUCUGGGGCCUCUGAAAGUUUACUGCAACAUGACAGAGGACAAAGUGUGGACCAUAGUGUCUCAUGACUUGCAGAUGCAGACGAAUGUGGUCGCCUACAACCCAGAAAAAUACUCAGUGACACAGCUUGUUUACAGCGCCUCCAUGGACCAGAUAAGUGCCAUCACUGACAGCGCGGAGUACUGCGAGCAGUAUGUCUCCUAUUUCUGCAAGAUGUCAAGGUUGUUGAACACUCCAGAUGGAAGCCCUUACACUUGGUGGGUUGGCAAAGCCAACGAGAAGCACUACUACUGGGGAGGUUCUGGGCCUGGAAUCCAGAAAUGUGCCUGCGGCAUUGAACGCAACUGCACAGAUCCCAAGUACUACUGUAACUGCGACGCGGACUACAAGCAGUGGAGGAAGGAUGCUGGCUUCUUAUCGUACAAAGAUCACCUGCCAGUGAGCCAAGUGGUGGUUGGAGAUACUGACCGGCAAGGCUCAGAAGCCAAAUUGAGUGUGGGUCCUCUGCGCUGCCAAGGAGACAGGAAUUACUGGAAUGCCGCCUCUUUCCCAAACCCAUCCUCCUACCUGCAUUUCUCUACCUUCCAAGGGGAAACUAGCGCUGACAUUUCUUUCUACUUCAAAACAUUGACCCCCUGGGGAGUGUUUCUUGAAAAUAUGGGAAAGGAAGAUUUCAUCAAGCUGGAGCUGAAGUGUGAGUAUUAAGUUCCUUGUCAACUCAUGGCGA